AUGUUAAGGCUUGUGAUUUUGGGUACUCUCUUCGCCAUUUGUAGCGCAAGACCAGGACUGGUAGGACAUGGAAUAAGUGCUAUAGCUGCACCUGCAAUAGCCGUUGCCCCAGCUGUUUCUGUUAACUCUGGAGUAAGCACUCAAUCACGCGUUGACUACAGAACUCCAGUUGUAGCCUCCGUUGCUGUUCCUGCUGUUGCUACUUCUGUUGCGUUGCCAGCUGUUGCUCCUGCAGCUUAUGGGAUUGGAUAUGGUUCAGCAUUAUCUGGAGGUUAUGGCGGAUAUGGUAGUUAUAGUAAUGGUCAUGGAUAUUAA